GCUCCGCAUAUUCGGUUUUGUACCGCUAAAGAGAUAAUGCAAUGUAUCAAUUAUUAAGUCAUGCCUUUGCCCUGGUAUUCGAAAUGUUUUGGGCCCACAGAUGUUCCAAACAUCCGUAGUUCCGUGUGCUCAAGAGGGUACAUCCAUGUCCAUUAGAGAACCAUCUAAUAUAUUAGAGACGAUGACGAAGUACACAAACCAUCCGUGCAUUGAGCUAUAGACUCUGUAAAGCUUGUUUAAAGGCGCAAUGCCGUCGCUGUUCCCAUCGUGCUCGCUCAACUUCGGAUAAUUUGAUCAGUUUCCCCGGUUCUCAGCCAUGAAGUUUGCCGAAUUCGCAGUCGCCGCCGUUGCGGUUGUGUCCGGAGUGGACGCUUUCCCUACACUCCUGAAGCGUGCAUCGGUCUCGGAGGCGGCCUCCGUUGGGUUUGCGACAUUGAAUGGAGGAACUAAAGGGGGAGCUGGAGGGCCAACAGUCAACGUUGCUUCGGCAGAUGCACUUCAAUCCGCCGUCGAAGGCAACGACCCGAAGAUCGUAGUCAUCACAGGGCCAAUUUCCGGGGCUGUAAAGAUCAAGAUCGGGUCAAAUAAGACGAUCCUGGGGAAGGACUCGUCUGCAAAACUCAAUGGAGUUGGUUUGUCGAUUGACAAGCAAAAGAACGUCAUUAUUCGCAACAUUGUCAUUUCCAAGGUUGUGGCGAAGACUGGGGAUGCGAUUAGCAUCCAGAGGACGACGAACGUAUGGAUCGAUCACUGCGACCUAUCUUCCGACAGGGAGCAUGACAAGGACUACUAUGACGGUCUUCUUGACGUCACCCAUGCUGGAGACUUUGUGACCAUUUCCAACACGUACCUGCACGAUCAUUGGAAAGCCUCCCUCGUUGGCCACUCGGACAGCAACAAGGCCGAAGAUACGGGCCACCUCCGUGUCACCUACGUCAACAACCGGUUCGCCAAGAUCAAUAGCCGCGCCCCUAGUUUCCGCUUCGGUACCGGCCACAUCUUGAACAACCUGUUCGAGGAUGUCGCGGAUGGGAUCAACACCCGUCUCGGGGCGCAGCUCCUGGUCGAAGGGAACGCGUUCGUAGGAGCGAAGAAGCCGUUGUACUCCACCGACCAGGGCUUUGCGGUCGAAAAGAACAACGAUUUUGGCGGAGGCGCUAACACCGCGCCUAAGGGAACUCUGACGAGCGUGCCUUAUGAAUACAAGGCUACCGCUGCGGGGCAGGUCAAGGCCGCAGUGAGUGGGGCGGGUGCUACGCUCAAAUUCUGAGCAACUCUCGCACGACUGACGCUGUCUGUGGGCUCGGGACUGUAACCGGUCUGGUCAACGUAUGGUUCGCACAAUCCGUAAUGUUCGAGUUCAUUGUUUGGCACUGCCUGAAGGAAAAGCAUGCGUUGCUCUCCUGUUGCGGAGGUGAUGGCCCUUGUAUUGG